UUACAUAGUGCAAUAGUAAAAGCGGCUAUUGUAUAUAAUUUUAAUCAAUGUAAUGUCUCCCGUUUAGAUAAGUCGCAGAUUGCGGAUGAUAACUGUGCAAAUAAAGUUCGUAAUAGUUUUUUUCCGAGGCUGUACACUGGCGGAAUGAUACGGAACUAUUAUUGUCAUAAUCACCUUGGAUUCAAAAUGGCGUCUCUUGUCUGACAAGGAAGCAGCCCUGUGUCUGAUAAGUUUUCGGAAUUUUCGUUUUAUGUGCGUUGAAUGAAGAUGCAAAUCUCGUUUAUCAUGGAAUUAUUAUGGACAAUAACUAGUUAAGAUGAGGGAUGUAGAGGCAUUAAACAUGGAGCCUAGUCGUAAGAAUGGCUGGACUCCCCCGCCUCAUGUCCUUCAGGUGGUAGCCUGGCUUGUACUGGUCGUGUUUGCUGUGCUACAUUUCACUUCACUAGCACCCGCCCUCCACGCCUCCUGGCAGCCCGCGGCAUACGCAGUGCCGGCAGUGGCCUUGGUAGUGCACCUGAUUGUCCACCUGGCGUCAGUUACCAUUGACCCUUGCGACAACAAGGUGCUCGAGAAGAAGUAUCCAAAGGUCAAGUUUGACAGAUCGGAGCAUAAACACGUUAUUGAGGACUGUCAUUGCUACAUUUGUCAAGUAGAUGUAGAGGUAACAUCAAAGCACUGUGGGGUCUGUAACAAAUGUGUCAGCAAUUUCGACCAUCACUGUAAAUGGUUGAACAACUGCAUAGGCGGCAAAAAUUACAGAUGGUUUAUAGCAACUCUGGUUACGGCUGCUGUGGCCCUAGGCGUGGUCACGGGCAUUGCUCUCACAGAGUUCAUUACUUACUUCACAGAUCAGACCAAUAGAGACAUUUUGCAGCCAUAUCGAGAUCUGAACUCCACGUUACACUACAAGGCUGCAGACUUUCAAAUCCUCCACCGGAGUGUUCCACACGAGGCGUGGCUGGCCAUGCUGGCGGCCUACUUCAUACUCGGCCUUGUAGCAGUGGCUCUUGUCACGCAUCUCUUUGGUUUCCACAUCUAUCUUAUUUACCACAAUUUGAGCACGUACGACUACAUCGUUGCCCAGAGGGACAAAGAAAGCCGUGAAGAAGUAGACAGCAAUACCAGUAGAGGUUUAAAAAAGAAGAACAAAGUGAACCCAUCAGCCAACUCGAACAAGAAUGCAGGCCAUACGACGCUGCCCCCACAUGACUUUCAGACGAUCCUACAGGAUGCAGAGAGGGAGCACCUGUCCAAGGGGGAGACCCCGCCCCCCUCGGCCAGCCCCAUACGUUCAGAGAACAACAACAACAACUCAAAACUGGUUACAGACAAUGAGAAGACAGAGGUGAAACGGCUACGGAAGAAGAAAAAGAAGACCACCCACAGCACUUCCCAGUCAAUCUCAACUAUUGACAACCCUCGCUUGUACCAGAACAAGGGCUACACAAUCUCCAGUGUGGACAUUCCAUCGUUCUCUGCUGUACCACAGAUCCUUCCUGCCCCUGUCAUGACCCCUCGGGGGAUGGGUUUUACCCAGGAAUACCACUCAGACUCUGCAGACUCUCUGCUGGAGGUGCCCAAUGAUCACUCGCUGUCACUUACUUCCACCGCAUCCGCAACAAAGAAAAAGGUUCGGAAGAAGAAGCCCCGCCACACUGACCAUGUUGAUGGGGCCCUCAGUGAAGAUGAGCUCAACACCACCACCCUGUUCACAGUGAACGAGAACGCCAGGUUUGCACGCGAUGGCAGCUUGCAGUACACAGACUUCAGGGCUCUGCCUCUCACGCCUACCACCCUCAGGAAGAGCUCUAAGGCCUCCAGUCCGGAUGAUGACACCCCCUUGUCGAUGCCUGCAUCCCGGCGCCAGCUCCGUGUACCGCCCUUGGACCUUUCAAACCUGCGCGGCAGCCAUGAGAGUGUGUCCUUCGCGCCUUACACUGCCAGCAUGCGUUCCACAGACACUGUGGUGACCACAGAGCGACUGCUUCCACCGCUCAAGGAAGAGAAGAGAUCGAGGCUUCAGACUGUCAUAGACACUGAACUGUAGUAUGCCUAACAAACACCUAUGCCUUAAGUGCUGUGGAUAUCUUCAUUUAACAAAAUGUUAUUGGCAAACUGCUUUAAGCAAAUGAAAAAAAAAAUUAUCAUUUUUUUUUUUUUAACAUAUUUUUUUUAUAUAUUUAUCAAAGUAUGAGCAAGGUUUACAGCUCAGAUGAUAUUUGUUUUUUCUUUAAAAAAGAAUAUUGCAUUUUUUUUUUUUUUUUAAUGAAGAGAUAUUUUUAAAAAAGAACAAAAUAUUUAUGGAUUUAGACUGUUUUAGUAGAUCACAUAAAUAAGGAUUGUCACAAAGUUCGUAGAGAUUCUUAAUGAGAAUGAGUUUCUUGUAAACUAAAGCAAAAGCCAUGUAUGCAUCUCUGUUGUUUACUUGUUUCAGACCAUCAGGCAAACAUUUCACAAUGAUUCAUUUAAAAGUUUUUGUUUAACAUUUUAAAAGUUGUUUUUAUGCCCCCAGAUCAAAUGAUCAGGGGGUAUAUUGUUUUAGGCCUGUCUGUCUGUCUGUCAUUGUAUGUGUGUGUCUGUCCCAAAACUUUAACCUUGCUCAUAAAAUGAAAACUCUUAGGUCUAUGUUCUUUAAACUUCACAUGUGCAUGCAUCUCAUUGAGAUCUACAAUCAAAUAUGGUUUGAGGUCACUAGGUCAAAGGUCACUGUGACCUUUACAUUCAAAAUAUAACCUUAUUUCUAAAAUAGCUGCCAUGCUGCUUCAAGGCGCAUUAGAGGUCAAUGUGUUUCACAAACACAGCUCUUGUUUAUUUGAAAAAUACUUAUUUUUAGUUCUCAAAUUUCUUUCUUUAUUAACAGCUAUUAUGAAACAUACAGACUGAAAUACAACAUAAGGCAUAUUACAAAGUCAUAACUGAAUAUUUUUUUGAAUAAUUUAACACUGUUGAGAACUUCUAUUACAUCAAAUAGCAAAUGUAAGACUGAUAAUUUAAUAAUGCCAGACCCUUGAUUGCGUAUUUCUUGACGGAUAUAUAUUUUAAUUCACUAAUUUUAAUGGAUAUCAAGGUUCUGGUGAAUAUUACACUGGAUUUCAAUAUAAAUAACAAAUUCAAUCACACAAUUCUGUACAGGAUGUGUUAUGCUAUCACUUAUUGAGUAUAUUUAAUAAAUCAUACUGUCUUAAUAUUUAUUUUCAUUUAUAAGUAUGUGCCAUAAACAUUAAUUUACCAGUAUUAUUAAAACAGGUCUCUUGUUUGACAAAAUUUAAUAUUUUUUCACAUGUGAGGCAUAGUUAAUAAAUGAGUGAGGUGUUUUAGGGUACAGUGUUGUUGGUAAAAGUCAGACUGGGGCUCGGAUGCUCUUCUGUAUUAAUUGUGGUGUAAAUGUGAAAACCUUGUGGUGUAAAUGUGAAACCCUUUUGGUGUAAAUAGUGCUCACUCAUACACAUGUGAAUAUGCAUCAUAGUGCAACAUAUCACAUUUUUUACCUAUUAAUUUCUUGAAAUUAUAUUGUUAAUGUAAUCAUAAUUUAGCAUUUAUUUAUUGUGUUUCUUUAUAUAAUACUGACAGUGUAUUUCUUACACUGAAAGAGUGAGUAUGAUUAAGUCGCAGUAGUACAAGACAGAAAGAAUUAAAAAUGAUUCCCUAUCAUUUAACUUACAACAGUGUUUGUUUUGAGAAUCACCUUUGGUUAUUUGUAAAAUCAUAAUUUGAAAUUGAUACUGAAAUAAAUAAUAGUAAGCAUUAAUUUUAACAUAUUCAAAUGCUAUUAACACUUUAUCCAUUUUUUCUUUGAUCUCAAUGAAAUAUGUGUUGCAUGUUUUCAUUUCCUAACAUCUGGUUCUCUAACAAAUAUAAGUACAGGUUUGUACAAAACUUUUAAUACUUUGUUGCACAGAAAGUACUAAGCACUAUUAAAGGGACUUUUUGAACAGUUUUUCAAAAUUUCAAUUUUCAAAAAAUUGUCUUAGAUUCAAAAAAGAAGUAUUUUAAAAAUCAUAAAGAGUUUGUUAUGCUUUUCAUUGAUAAUUUAGCAAAAACAUGAAUUACAAAAAUUUAAAAUGUGAAAGCCUUUGUUGUGUGAUAGCGAAUUUGUGAGUUAGCGAGGGUUUAAUCCCCAGGGCAUCCAAAUUAAAAAAAAAAAUUGCUUGUUGUCCCCUACCGGUUUCACCGGAAGGGACUUACGGUUUGCGCUCUGUCUGUCUGUCUGUCUGUCUGUCUGUCGGUCAGUCACUUUUCUUGAUCCUGCGAUAACUUUGAAAGUUCUUAAUAUUUUUUCAUAUAACUUGAAACAUGGAUAGAUGGCAAUAUGGACAUUAUGCACGUCAUUUCAUUUUGUUCCUACGCCAAAAAUUCUGGUUGCUAUGGCAAAAAAUAGACUAGAACUACUGCUGAAAAUGGUGGUUUUCUGGAUCCUGCGAUACCUUUAAAAGUUCUUAAUAUUUUUUCAUGGAACUUGAAACAUGGGUAGAUGGCAUUAUGGACAUAAUGCACGUCAUUUCAUUUUAUUCCUACAUCAAAAAUUCUGGUUGCUAUGGCAACAAAUAUAAAAAAAUCUGACAAUGGUCGAAUGUUUGACAAUGGUGGAGCCGGUAGGGGACUAUAUUGCUUAGCAAUAGUCUUGUUAUUAUAAUUAUUUAAAACUAUUCAAAAUAUUACAGUUUCAUUAGUAACAUAACUUAUGAUUUUUUUCGUCAAAAUACAAAAAUCUGUGAACAAGUUCCUUUAAUUUUGUUUAUGUUCCUUUGGUGUAGGUGUAGUAACAUUAAUGUUUAGUUGUGUCUAGUAAAAUAUUUGAAUUAUGGUAAACAUUUGUCGUGUGUAUAUAUAUAUUGGUGUACAUAAUUAUGGUCUUAAACUAACUGUGAUAUGAUUGUUAACGUUUGUAAAUAGGAAUUAAUAAUUUCAAAGUUACUGGUUUUGCUUUAUAUUUCCAGCUUUUCAAACCAAUAAUUAUUUGUCUCACAAUAUGAAUUUAAAUUAGCGGAUUUUAUUUCUUAAAUCUAAAAACCUUUCAAUUAUGUGUAUUGAGAUUUGUAUGGCCCUAUUUGAGAGUCUGGAGGGAUGGAACUUCAAAAAUAUAUUAAUCAUCAUCUUAAUCUAAUCACUUGGAUAUUUGGAUGCAGUUUUUGUAAACCUAACAAUAGUUUUGUGUUACAACAGCAGGAUGGGGUUGCACCCGUAUCUUAUUUACAAUGUGUACUUUUUGAUAAUUUUAUUCAGCAGAAUUAGUUCUAAUGAUAUUACAGAUGGCUUUUACUUUUAUUUAUUACUAAAAAUCUGUAUCUGUAAAAUAAUAUAUAUAUAUAUAUUUAAGUAUAAUUUAUUUUACCUUUAUGAUUGUUUCUUUGGGAACAUUUUAUUUUUAUUCAGGAUGUUUGAUUAUCCGUCCAUUACGCGUAAAACUAGUCACUUUUUUAUUUGCUGUGCGUAUGAAUAUAAUUUCAGUAUAUUCCUGUAAAAUCACAUUGGCAAUUUAACUGAACACAAGUGAACACAUUUUAACAUUUACUGUUUUUUACAUGAUUUAGUUACUGAAUGGGAUGGAUUUUUUUACACAUUGUAUGCAUUAACUUUUGUUAUUGGUUUAACCAAAUAUAGAUGCUUUGAAUUCCAUGAACACAUAUGUUAGAUUAUAAAUAUUUUUUGUUUGUGCAUAAAUGAUAAUGCUAUUUGUAUUACAUAGAAAACAUCUCCACCGAGGACAAAUAAAGAAAUAUUUUGAUAUUAUGUUACCAAUUCCACCUGCCAAAAACAGUUGUUGAAAUUUGUAGAUCCAUGUAUUAAGAAGCAGUAUUACAUUCCAAAGAAAAGCUAAAUUAUAGAAGAUGAUCAUUCAAGUAUGCUGCUGCAUUGUCAAGGUUAUUUUUGCCUAGCAAUUGUUUUGUUUGACUAAACUGUAGUGAGGCAUCUUUUGCUGUUAUCAAAGAAUGCAGAAAGAGUUAAAGAUAAAACUUGACUGUUAUCAGUAAAUGAAGGCAGAACUUUAGAUAUAACUUGGCUGUUAUAAGUGAAUAAAGGCAUAUAUAAAGAUAUAAUUUGACUGUUAUAAGUGAAUAAAGGCAUAUCUAAAGAUAUUAAUUGGCUGUUAUCAGAGAAUGAAGGCAGAUCUUAAUAUAUAACUUGGCUGUUAUACACGAGUGACGGCAGAUCUAAAGAUAUAACAUUUAUGUUAUGAGUGAAUGAAGGAAGAACUUAAUAAUAACUUGGCUGUUAUCAGUAAAUGAAGGCAGAUCUAAAGAUAUAACAUAAAUGUUAUUGGUGAAUGAAGGCAGAUCUAAAGUUAUAAUGUAGAUGUUAUCAGUGAAUGAAGAAAGAUCUAAAUAUAUAAUUUGGCUGUUUUCAGUGAAUGAAGGCAGAUCUAAAGAUAUCACUUAGAUGCUAUCAGUGAAUGAAGGCAGAUCUUAAGAUACAGCUUGGCUGUUAUCAGUGAAUGAAGGCAGAUCUAAAGAUACAGCUUGGCUGUUAUCAGUGAAUGAAGGCAGAUCUAAAGAUACAGCUUGGCUGUUAUCAGUGAAUGAAGGCAGAUCUAAAGAUACAGCUUGGCUGUUAUCAGUGAAUGAAGGCAGAUCUAAAAAUACAGCUUAGAUGUUAUCAGUGAAUGAAGGCAGAUCUAAAAAUACAUCUUUGCUGUUAUCAGUGAAUGAAGGCAGAUCUAAAAAAACAGCUUGGCUGUUAUCAGUGAAUGAAGGCAGAUCUAAAGAUUUAACUCGGCUGAUAUCAGUGAAUGAAGGCAGAUCUAAUGAUAACUUAGAUGUUAUCAGUGAAUGAAGGCAGAUCUUAAGAUGUAACUCAGCUAUUAUAAUUGAAUGAAAGAUAAAAAUAUAUUACUUAAAAUAGGAAAUUUUCUUUAUUAUGUCCCUAUCAGUCUGUAAACAUUUGAAUUUGUUAUAUCUGUGUUUUGUAUACUUAAUUUUCUGUUUUUAAUAGAUUUAUUUUGUUUCUCAGCCCACAAAGGUAAAAGGAAAUAAAACUCGGAAAGCAA